UACAGUUGAGCCUCGGUUAUCCGAACACCUUUGUCCCCGGGCCCAUUCGGGUAAGUGAAAUAUUCGGAUAAUCAAAAGCUGGCUUUUUGCCAGCCACGUGGGCAAUUUCCUACUGCGCAUGCUCAGAUUGCACUAUGCUCUAGCAUUCGGAUAAUCGAGGAUUCGGAUAACCGGGAUUCGGAUAACCGAGGCUCAACUGUAUUGAAGUUAUCUCACUGGCGACGAGGAUUGUGGAUCAAGUAGCCUACAGCAAUGGCAGCCACACACUAUGGAACUCUCAACAAUUACAGACCAGACCAAGAGUCUAUCAAGACCUACCUGGAUCAGGUAGACCUCUACUUCACGGCGAAUACAGUCCCUGAUGAUAAGCAUGUACCUAUUCUCCUCAGCUCCAUUGGUGCAACGACCUACAGUCUUCUAUGUGACUUGCUUGCACCUGAGGCUCCCAAAUCGAAGACAAAGGGAGAAAUAUUUGCUGCACUACGGAAGCACUACGAACCGACACGAGCGGUGAUCGCAGAACGUUUUCAUUUUCAAAAAAGGGAUCAAGUCCCUGACAAAUCUUUAGCAGAAUACGAUGCAGCUCUACGCAAGCUGGCAACACACUGCAAUUUUGGGGCGAUUCUCACUGAAGCCCUACGUGACCGUUUCGUUGCAGGACUCCGAAGCGAAGCAAUGCAAAGAAGACUAUUAGCCGAAACAGAACUUACUUUGAAGAGAGCAAUGGAAAUCGCACAGGGAAUGGAAGCAGCAGAAAGCAACACCAGAGCACUCAAGGCCAGCAACCCCUCCAUCAAGAGCAUACAAAGCAAAAGGAGACCGCAGCCAAACCAACUUUGUUACCGCUGUGGAAAGUCGAAUCACUCUGCAGCUGAUUGCCGUUUCAAGGAUGCAGAGUGUCACUCAUGUGGAAAGCAGGGACACAUAGCACCAGCCUGCCGCUCCAACCCACCCUCUCAGUUCAAGAAGACAGAGAAGAGACGAUUCAAAACUCACCUAGUGGAACCAGAUGGGAACAGCUCGACUGACUCAGAAGCUGACACUUACCACCUAUACCGAUUGACCGAGCCUUCUACACAGCCGAUCACAGUUACAGUCAAGAUCGAGGAUACUCCACUCAAGAUGGAAAUCGAUACCGGAGCUGCAAUAUCUAUUAUCUCUGAGGCCACCAGAAAGGCCAAGUUCUCUAAAUUCAAGCUGCGUGGCUCGGCUGGUGCUGGUGGUGGUUGCUGGAAGUGGACCAAGUCUUUUUGGACGCAAUUGGCUGAAGUACCUCCAGUUGGACUGGAAAUGUAUUGCAACUGUCAAAUCUCCCCCUGCAGGUACACUAAAGGACUGAGUUUGAAAACAAGAUUGGCUCAGUUUUUACUGUCAUACCGCUCAACUCCACAUGCUACCACUAACGUCUCACCGAGUGAACUGUUCCUUCAAAGAAAAGUACGUACACGAUUCGAUCUCCUCAAACCAAACACAGAGGGAAACGUAUCUGACAAGCAGAUGAAACAGAAACAGCAACAUGACAAACAUGCUAAACCAAGGACGUUCUCUGUUGGUCAACAAGUAAUGCUCAAAGAUUUCCGAACAAACGGUACAUGGCUUCCAGGAAGCAUUGUACAACAGACAGGACCAGUAUCUUACAAAGUGGAAAUUGGUGAUGGCAGGAUACUACGUCGACAUAUCGACCACAUACGUGAUAGAACUCAUUCUCUUUCCACCACCGAGUCGUCACAAGACGAUAUAACAAAUCCAAACGAUUUCGACGAUACGGCAGCUCACAAGGAUUUGCAAGAUUUUGAAGUUUCCCCUGAUCAGUCAACUGAUCCGUCUCCGACCCCACCUGAUGAGUCACCCUCGACUGGUGCAUUAACAGCUCGACAAUAUCCGCAAAGAAAUCGCAACAGGCCUGAUCGAUAUGGUGGGUACACUAACAUUUAACAGGGGAGGAAAUGUGGUAUCCUUACGACAUGGAACUAACAUUAAGAUAAAGACUUGUGAUUCCGUAAAUACUGUACUGUAAACCUGUGAUUCCGUAAAUACUGUGUUGUGUUAGUUCACAUACUGU